AUGAAAAGAUUCCGGUUGUCAACAAAGAACCUAAUUUGUUUAUGUAUAAUCUUCCUGAUCAGAAUGAAAAAGGAAAUGAAAAUCUAGAAAACAGUAACAAAACUGUUAUUCUGGGAACCACUGGUUGUGGCAAAACUCGCUUAUGUUUUGAAGCUUUAAGCCAGAAUUAUGGCCUAUACUUAGUUGCUUCACCAUAUAGUGUUGGCUCUGUUGACUUCCCAAAGAAGCAGAAAGCAUUGCGGAGCGGGCAGUAAUGAGUUGCAUUGUUGGACGCCUGCUCUUGCUUAAACAUCUCUUUAAGAGAGCUAUAUUUAAUAUUUCGAGAUGGGGAAGGUCUUGUGAAACUAUUUUGAUGGAUAUUAGAAACGAAUUUACGAAGUUCUUUCCAAUUGUAUAUGAUGAGGCUCAAUUUCACACCACUUACUUACCACAAACAUUCCCCUCUGUACAUUAUUAUAAAGAUAGGUCAAGACCGUUUUUCUCCGUAGUGGUUCGGUGUUUAUCAAAUUUAAGUAAUUCAUUUGCAGGAGCAUUCGUUUGCAUAACUGGAUCUGGCCUAUCAUUAUUGCGAGCAAAAGAUAAAAUAUCUGGAGGAAUCACAAAGAAAAACAUGCUUUACGUCUCCUCCUCUUCGAAAAAAUCACGUACGCACUUCGGUUUAUCGAGGUAUCUACCGACUAGAAGUACUGCAUUACGUGCGAUUAAAUGGUUAAAGGGUCGCUAUCGUUGGUCGUGGACAUGGAUACAUUUUCUCAUUAAGUCUGAGAAUUUCGAUCCUGAAAAACAGCUAAAAGAGCUCAUUACUAAAUUACAACCAGUGCUGAUAGUUUACCAAGAAAUAUUUACACGGGGUUUGAAAAUUAGCAAAAACAUCCUUCCGAGCGACCUCCUUAUGUUAAAAAUGUUUCCACAUUGGAAUUAAUAAAAAGAGCCAUUAUUUUAUAUUCUAUGACAGGAAGACCAAUAACGUUUACCAGUACAGUUGAGAUGGAUAUUAUGAAUUUGGGUUUCGCCCACAUCAAAAACAUUCAACAAUUUUCAAGCAUCAUUGACGAGCCUCUUGUAAUUUAAGCUACUUUGAAAGCCGUUCGAAUGACAUUUGGUUCCAGAUG